AUGGGCCGAAAACGCACUCGCUCGAAGAAGCCUUCAAGGAUUUUUCAAUACAAAAGCCACGCUCAACCAAGUAGUCCUAAUGCAAUUGAAGAUCUUGCGACGCGUCUCCAACGCGCUACAACCUUCUUGUCCGAAUACCCUCAAGAGACUCAAAAAACUGCUGCGCGUAUAUACGACCUCACGCAAGACACGAACGCGGUACACAAGUGGUUCAAAAGCUAUCGACGCACCUUGAAGAAGAUGAAUAUUCGACCUAAAGAUAUCAUCAAUUUCGACGAGACUGGGUUCCGUAUUGGCUGUCCGCGAGGAACGGAAGUAUUAGUUCUUGGAUCUAUUCAAGAGUUCUACAGUGUUAGCCCUGAGAAUCGAAGAUCCGUAACAAUAAUCGAGAUGAUCAAUGCGACUAGCCAAAAACCUGUUCCUCCGAUGAUUCUUAUUCAAAGCAAACGACUCAUGCAGCAAUGGUUCGUUUCGAACCUUCCUACAAGCACACUCAUUAAGGAAGCUGAUAAUGGAUUCACGGACAAUAAAAUCGCAUUGCUAUACCUCGAGCAUUAUAUCAAAAACGCAGAUUGUGGACCGAAUAAACCUUAG